AUGUCGAAGUACUGGUUACACCGCACGAGCGUAGGGUGCAACAACAGCAAACCGGCUAUGACAUUACUUGCUCUCCUAUCUCUCAUCUUUCACCGUCACUUCACCAUGCCGGCCAUUUCUACCUCUGGGGCCAACUUGGACACCCUACCUUCUGAGCUCCGAAAGUUCACCGUACCUUAUCUAGCACCUGAAGUCGACAAUUUCCGGGGAGGAACGCAUCCAGCACCCCCGUGCUUACACGAAUGGGUACCGGAGUACAUGUUCAAGGACAUGGCACUAAAGCAUGUACACUUCUCUGCCCUAGAAGACAGCCUUGUUGAGCUCCCUUGCUUUCAUACGCCGCGUAAUUCAUCAAGACGCAAUUCACUCAGUCAAAUGACAUUGACCAUUCGAGGACUCGUCGGUGUGCAUUGGGGCUAUGCCCCGUUCGGCUAUACAGGCACUGCUGGCACAACGCGGCAAUGCGACUAG